AUGCCCAAAGCGUACCAAGAUACCGUGUGUGUUGCACGAGCGCUUGGUGUGAAAUAUAUAUGGAUCGAUGCUCUGUGCAUUAUUCAAGAUGACAGGGGUGACUGGGAAAAAGAGUCCCGAAUGAUGGCAGAGAUCUUUCAAAAUUCCUUGACUACGGUUAUACUACUCCGUACAGCAUCAUGCAACGAAGGCUUUCUGGAGCGGAACCCAAGUAUCAAGAUCAAUUACCAAAACCGCCAGUGGAAUACUCGCGGCUGGACAUUUCAAGAGGAUAUGUUUUCAAUGAGAAAACUAUAUUUUGGACAGCUCAUGAUGUAUUGGGACUCUCUCAAGCCUGUCGAUAUUAUGAGAACAGAGGACACAAUCAUUAACGACAGGUUAAAUCGCGUUGACGAGAACGCUGAAACUUCAAUCAUCCAUUCGUCUGAGCCAUGGAGAGGUGACUACGAUUACGACGGAUGGUAUUACCCAAUGCUCAAUUACUGCAAAAAGACUCUUACGUACGAGACCGAUAGGUUAGCUGCGGUGUCUUCGUAUGCGAAGCUCGUGGCAGGUAAGAGUGGAGAUACAUAUGUAGCUGGCUUGUGGAAGAAGAAUCUCCAUCGUGGUCUGCUUUGGAAGAUAGACAGAAGGCAACGCAGGACUUUCAGUGGGCUGAUGAGACAAUUAUCAAAGCCC